AUGGAAUUCACAGAAGUCUUUUAUUCCAAAGAACCCGAAAUCCCCGAACUCAACUUACCCACCCGCCUCAAUCUCCAGCAGGGCCCCCAAGGGGGCCCCCAAGGGGGCCCCCAGGGGGGCCCCCAAGGGGGCCCCCCUGGGGGGCCCCCUGCGGCAGCCCCUUGGGGCCUCCCUUGGGGCCUCCCUUGGGGCCCCCUUGGGGGGGCCCCUGGGGGGGCCCCUGUGGGGGCCCCUGGGGGGGGCCCCCCACCAGUGGCGCCAGGGGCCCCCGGGCCCGUUUCUCCGACUCCGGCAAUUAACACUGUUUACCCGUUGACUCGGCUUCCCACAGAAGAGGAGCUGGCAGCAGCAGCAGCAGCAGCACAGCUCGGAGCAGCAGCAAAAACCAGCAGCUAUUGA